AUGCUGCUUCAACUCGAUAUUGGUUGGGAUGUUUACUGCCGUGCUAAUGAGCGAGAAGUUUCAGAACUGCCGAUCUCUAUUGCCAUUGGUGAUGUGAAUAUUACUAAAUCGCUUGAGGACGCUGUUAACGCGCUUAAUACAUCAAGUUUAGUCGCUGCUAUGGGGGAGAUUAACCAGACCCUUAACACUGGCUCAGGAAGCUCGUCAGGCUCUGGUUCAGGCGGCGGCACUGCCACUCCCCCACCAGCACUAACAGAAGAGCAAAUUGAAUCUCUGAAAGUAGCAACUGAACAGUUUGGGGUUGUUUUCAACCAGACAACAACGCCCACAACUGCGUUACAACAGCAGUAUGAACGAGCGAAUGAAAGCGCCAACGUAGCCAUAACUGCUUAUAACCAUGCUAUCGGUACCGCGCUUGCGGAAGCAUCAGCAAAUAAGGAGGAAGACAUGUCAUUCUUUUCUACGUUAAAAACAGCUUUGUCUUUGAAGGAGAAACUUGCUGCUACUGGUGUUCUUGUUCUGAUUUGCGCACUUGUUGGUGCUGGGUUUGCAUGGGAACGUCAUCAGCUAAAGCAAGCCAUGGAGAAAAUUGGCAGUCUUGAUCAGGCUGUUAAGGAACGUGAUAAGUCAAUAAUGGAUCUUAACCAGACCAUUGAGACGAUGAACAAAGCAGAGCAACAUUUUCACAGCCAGGAAGUGAAAAAUGAAUCAGAACAAGCCAAAUAUGCUGACAGGCAAAUGGAACGAAAAGCUGAAGUUCAGAAACAACUGGUUGCGGCG